AUGCCUCGAGGGCGGACUAAAACAGUUUGUUCAUUUUGCCGCCGUCGGCGGAUUCGAUGUGACAUGGCGUCUCCGUGCGGGGCAUGUGUUCGAUAUGGCAACGCGCACUGCGAUAUUCCGCCCCCAAAGCCGCCGGCGCCAGAUGUCGCUCAGCUCCGCGCGCGCCUCGAACACUUGGAGCAGGCCCUCUUUAGUGCAGGCGACGACAUGAGUUUCCACGAACAGGUGCGCACGACGCCGUACCGCAACCUGUUGGGUCUCCGUCAUUUAGGCCUGUUCCGCUGGCUUGCUCUCGUCAGCAUGGACACCAACAUGUUUGAGUUGAUGCAGCGCCUUUGGCCAUGGACAAAAGAACGGAUCAAACGAGAGCGUGAGGCGGAGCGCACUGAGCGUGAAGGCAGUCACGAGGCCGGUGAUGGUAGAGGCGGUGGGCAAAGCGGAGACCACGAAAGCUACCGCGAAGGCUUUCACGAAUCUCGCAUGCCGCUAACUGUGGUGGGACAUUCAGCAGGAGAUUUAUCCGCUCUUGCUCCCCAAGUUAGAGCCCAUCUCCCUGACAAGAAGGUCUUAUGGAUGUGGGUGGACCGGUAUUUUGCUGCAGUGGCACCUCAUGUGCCUGUUCUUGACGAGCACACAUUACGCCGGCAAAUUUCAAAUCUUACAGGUGCCCGCGUGCUAACAAAGGAGCCUGUCCAUGUGGGAACCAUUGACCUACCGGACGUCUCUGUCUGGGGCGUGUUGCUUGUGGUACUUCGGCUCGCACAUCUAUCGUUGUACACUGUUUCUGGCGCGCUCAAGACACAAUGCGUCUACUCACUGGCUGAGGACUUGGAAUACAUGGCCGGAGCUAAAAUUGGUCCCCGGGCUGUCGAAGUCGCUUACCAAUGUUUGGCUUACCAUGAUCUAGCGGCGGAGACGGGUGUCGAUGUAGUGCAACUAGCUGCGCUUUUGAGAGUGCAUGCCAUGGUGGACCCUGAUGUGGGGUCUCCCGACGUGCGGAACCACACGUUUUCUGCCAUCCUUUCGCUGUUAGCACUUUGCCGUUGGCUCAAUCGCGAUCCAGGCAAGGUAUUUGGUGAUAGCUUGGGUGCGCGAACUUGUCAACUAUUCCGAAAGAUUUGGUUCGUGGUGUUGGACAUGGAUUACACCUUUGCAUCUUUUACAGGGAACAUACCCAUGAUUUCACGACUAGCGCAUGACGUGGUACUGCCGCAGUUUUCGCCUGAAGCACUGAACCUUGCGAACGCUCGCAUGGAUGCUGCAGUUUGCCGUGCGUUGAACGAACAAGUGGAUGUUCGUACUCUCUUGGACGACACACUAGCACUCUCGGGCAGUGUAGCACGACGUGUCAAAGUGGCGGCAGUCGAAGAUGUUCUGGCGCGGUUGCGGGCGGUCAGUGUUGAGCUUAUGGCACAGGAUGCCAAAUACCGCGCAGAAGGUACGCCAAAUAGUGUUGAUGCUUUCUCACAUUCAAUUCGCUUCCAUCGCUUGCUUCAGCUCCUGUAUGUUUCCAUAGCUGUGUCGACUCACCUAUACUACCAUUAUGUCCGACGGCGUGAUUUUGCGAGGGCCCAGCGUGAGUGGCUUACUGUUGUGACGAUAAUAUGUGAUCAGUUGCUACCGCAUGUCCCGCUGUUGGUUGACGAAACCGCUGAUGCUUUUAAGGGAGCAGGCGAUCUUUUCACAGGUAUGCAUUUUUCCCACAAUGCAUCCUAUGGUUUUUUGGUUGUGUUUGCGCAUUACCUUGAUUACCGAGCGCACUGGUCCCGCGUUCAAAAUGACCCACUCCACAUGCUGCGGCUCGCCCUGGCGCUGGAAUAUGCGCGCCUGUUUGCUGCCCUCGAGCGCGCGUGCACCAGUGUUCACACUCUUCUUACGUUGUUAACCAGAGCUAACAAUGCGAUGCUGAUGCGAUAUCGGUUUCACAAAAAGGUUCGUGCUAUGACGGCAAAGAUGAUGGCCGUGUGUGAACCUUCUUUUUACGCCAGCUGCUCUGUUCUUUCGGUGCAUGCUGCUACUGUAGAGGAGCAUACCGAGCUAUCAGAACUGGUUGAGCGUGCGUCGCGCGCAAUGGGCUCCGUUCUUUUGGAGCUGCCCUCUCCUGUUCCUGCGCCAGGACCUACGGUACCAGACGCUCCACCAGACGCACUAUUGGAUCUCGACUAUAGUCCAUUUGACACUAACUUUAACUGGAUUCUGCUCGAACAACUCUUCAGCGCUUAA